UACGUUGUUGGGAAAAAUCAUUGUCAUCAACAUCAUCCAUCAAAAUCAUGCCAUUGUCUGUCAGAAAUGCAUCAUAACGACUUUUCUUUUGUGUGUUUGUGUGUGUAUUGUGUAGCAGUAAAACCACAAGAAGAAAAACACGCCUCUUCCAAGACACGAGCAGCGGCUUGUAGUCUAAUGACCGAGCCGGCCCUGAACGCCUCGUCGUCAUCAGCGGACCUGCAGCGGCACCGGUCCGGACCAGCGAGACAUGGGAAGCGGCGAAAGCAAACUUGACUUCAGGAAGGCUGUGAUCCACCUCACCAGCACCACUCAGCCCGUGGAAGCGUCAGACGAUGUCUUCUGGGAGCAGUUCUGGGCCGACCCGUCCACCUCGGUCCAGGACAUCUUUGCUUUGGUUCCGGCGGCCGAGAUCCGAGCGCUGAGAGAAGAGUCGCCGUCCAACCUGGCAACCCUGUGCUACAAGGCCGUGGAGAAGUUGGGCCGGGCGGCGGUUCGCGGUUGCCCGUCGGAGCGCGAGCGUGCCGCGGUCCUCAACUGCGCCCGUCUGUUGACCCGCGUGCUGCCGUUCAUCUACGAGGACGCCGACUGGCGAGGGUUCUUCUGGUCCAGCCUGCCCGGCGCCCAGAACCAGCGUUGCCGUGACGACAAGGACUCAGACGGCGGGCGCCCCCUGGCCGAGUCGCUGCUCCUCGCCGCGGCCGACCUUCUCUUCUGUCCCGACUUCUCCGUGCAAAGCCGCAAGCGCAGGGGGCAGGAAGCGGUCGAGGUCGCGGACACGGUGGACAGCUGCGAGUUGAUCUGGGAGGCGGGCGUGGGUUUCGCCCAAUCGCCUGCGCCCAAUUCGGCCCAUGACAGCAACAGGGCGGAGCUUCUCAAGCUGCUGCUGACGUGCUUCUCGGAGGUUCUGUACCUGGCGCCCACCGACCACCACGUCAACCCCUGGGUGCUCUUCUUCUGCUCCGCCUCCAACAGACACGCCCUCCCUCUGUUCACGUCGCUGCUGAACGUGGUGUGCGCCUACGAUCCUUCGGGCUCAGGCUUCCCGUACAACCACCUGCUGUUCUCGGACCGGCGGCAGAUCCUGGUGGUGCAAGCGCUUCAGGUUCUCAUCGUCACUCUGGAGCGGCGCGGACCGCACGCCGCCCCCGCCGCCGACGGCCUCCACGCCUCGGCGCCCUCAGCGGGGGAUGAGACUGAUUCCAGUGGGCCCGAAAACCAGUUUGUCAACUUCCUGUCCAGGAUCCACCGAGAAGAGGACCUGAGCUUCAUCCUGAAAGGUCUGAGCCGGCUCCUCAACAACCCUCUGGUGCAGACCUACCUGCCAAACUCUGCCAAGAAGAUCUCCUUCCACCAGGAGAUCCUCAUCCUCUUCUGGAAGCUUUGCGACUUCAACAAGAAAUUCCUCUACUUCGUGCUGAAGAGCAGCGACGUUCUGGACGUGCUGGUCCCCAUCCUGUUUUUCCUCAACGAAGCCCGCGCCGAUCCGUCUGGCGUGGGGCUGGUCCACAUGGGCGUCUUCAUCCUGCUUCUGCUGAGCGGCGAGAGGAACUUUGGCGUGCGCCUCAACAAACCCUUCACGCUGCGCGUCCCCACGGACGUCCCCGUCUUCAGCGGGACACACGCCGACCUGCUGCUCGUGAUCUUCCACAGGAUGAUGACCUGCGGACAUCGGCGUCUGCAGCCGCUCUACGACUGUCUGCUCACCGUCGUCGUCAACGUGUCUCCGUACCUGAAGGGUUUGUCCAUGGUGUCGGCCAACAAGCUUCUGCACCUUCUGGAGGUUUUCUCCCCGCCGUGGUUCCUUUUCUCGGCCCCGCGCAACCACCAGCUCGUCUUCUUCCUGCUGGAGGUCUUCAACAACAUCAUCCAGUACCAGUUUGACGGUCAGCAAACCCCAGCAGACCCUCGACCGAGUCCCGCACGCACAUACACGCGCACACCUCGGCCAAAGCGGCGCAGACCCCCGACCCGUUGUGCCUUGGCCCUCCUCGCAGGUAACAGCAACCUGGUCUACUCCCUUAUCCGGAGGAGGAACCUUUUCCAGCAGCUGGCCAACCUCGGGGCCGACGCGGCGUCCAUCCACAAGGCUCUGCUGUACAAGACGAAGAAGAAGAAGAAAAAGAACGCCGGCCCUUCCCAGAGUGACCGGGCCGACGCGGAAUCCCGCCCGAGACCCGGACCGGAUGAGCCGGCCGGGCCGGGCGCCCCGGAGGCCACCCCGGGCCCAGGGAUGCGCAAGAUCACCCAGAAGUCUCGAGCGAGUCACGGCGGCGCGGCCGUCGCGGACCCCCCGCAGACCGCCGUGGACGGCGCCAGCGACACCGAGUCCAACUCAGAGAGGGACCACGAGGACAACCAGACGGAGAGCGAAGCCGCAACCGGCCUUCCCGGCACCUCGUCGGCUUCGCCCCCCUGGACCGCCACGCCGGACUGGGUGUUGUCGUGGAAGUCCAAACUUCCUCUGCAGACCAUCAUGCGACUUCUGCAGGUUCUGGUCCCUCAGGUGGAGAAGAUCUGCAUCGACAAGGCUCUGACCGACGAGUCUGAAAUCCUGAAGUUCCUCCAGCGUGGGACUCUGGUGGGCCUCCUGCCCGUGCCGCAUCCCAUCCUGAUCCGCAAGUACCAUGCCAACGCCGCCACGUCCUCGUGGUUCCGCGCGUACACGUGGGGCGUCCUCUACUUGCGCAACCUGGAUCCUCCCAUCUGGUACGACACCGACAUCCGACUCUUUGAGAUCCAAAGGAUUUAAAGCAGCUUUUUUCCUUUUCUUUCUGAGAAGACGUCGUCGUCGUCGUCGUCGUCGUCAUCUUCGUCUUCAUGAGAAUGCGUUCGCUCGCUGUGAAACGAUUCUGCUGAAAAAGACCAAAUGGUCUUGAAAUAAAAUGUCAUGAACCCAAAA